AGAAUCACCAUGGGGACAACUAAAGAUAUAUUGAUAUGGAUGAUGAUAUGCCUGCCACUACUGAUUAGAUCAACACAAACAGUGAGCCCCACAUCUGUUACAAUCAUUCCUACAAUGUCCAUGGCAAUACCCACACUUUCAGCACUGAAUACAUCACGUAAUGACCAGGUCUGCAGCACAUGGGGAAACUACCAUUUUAAGACCUAUGACGGAUACUUUUUUCAACUACCCUCCACCUGCAACCAUAUUGUGACCUCACUGUGUAAGAGCAGCUAUGAGGCGUUCAACAUCCAGAUGAGGCGGCAGGUGGUGAACAACCAGCCAACCAUUAGCAAGAUCACUAUGAUGCUAGAUGGUGUUGUGGUGCAGCUAUCUAAGGAUGUAGUUAUGGUUAAUGGAAAAACGGUGGCUCUUCCAAUCAGCUUCUCUGGAGUGAACAUUGUGAAGACCACAUCCAAGGUUAAGGUUGUGGCCAAACUGGGGCUGGUUGCCAUAUGGAACAAUGAUGACUCCCUAAUGAUUGAAAUGAAUGAAAAGUACAGAAACCAGACCUGUGGACUCUGCGGUGAUUUCAAUGAAGUUCAAGCAUAUAAUGAAUUUAACAACAAUGGUGGGACACUCUCUAUCUCUGACUAUGGAAACCUCUGGAAACUGAAUGACCCUCUGGAAGUCUGUGUAGAGCCUAUGGAGACUGCUGCCGAGAGCUGUGGAGAUGAGGGAUUUUGUCAACAGAUUUUGUCAAGUCCUGCUUUCAAUAGCUGCACCAAUAUUUUGGACAUGGACUCCUUUGUCCAGACCUGCUCAGCUGACCUGUGCCACUGUAAUAAUGGCACCGACACAUUCUGCCUAUGCAAUACUGUCUCAGAGUACUCCCGCCAGUGUGUUCUUGCUGGAGGGAAGCCCCAGCAAUGGAGGACUACACAGUUCUGCAAUAAGACAUGUCCCUACAACAUGGAGUAUCAGGAGUGUGGAAGCUAUUGUGUAGACACCUGCUCCAACCCAGAGGCCAGUCAGUCGUGUGAACACCUCUGUACAGAUGGCUGCUUCUGUCCUCUAGGUACAGUUUUUGAUGAUGUCAGCAAGAGUGGCUGUAUUCCAGAGAGCAAAUGCCUGUGUGUUCAUAAUGGUCAAGUGUACACAUCUGGAGAAUCUUACACCAGCAAUUGUAAAGAAUGCACAUGUGCUGGUGGUCAGUGGGACUGUAUAAACAAUGACUGCCCUGGAACCUGCUCGGUGGAGGGGGGAUCCCACAUUAACACCUUUGAUGGGAAAGCAUACACCUUCCAUGGGGACUGCUCCUAUGUUCUGACCAAGCAAUGCAAUGGAACUGAAUUCACGUUGCUAGGAGACAUUGUCAAGUGUGGGUUAACUGACAGUGAGACCUGUAUGAGAGCUGUUACCUUGGCCCUAUCCAGCAGACCUACUGUGAUCAGAGUCCAAUCUUCAGGAACCAUUUUUGUGAAUCAGAUUCUUUCUCAGCUUCCUCUUUACACAUCUGAAGUGACCAUCUUCAGACCCUCCUCAUUCUACAUUGUUAUCCAGACCAAUCUUGGAGUUCAGCUUCAGAUCCAACUUUCCCCGGUUAUGCAGAUCUAUAUAACUGCCAUCUCAUCAUACCAAGGAAAAACCUGUGGCCUUUGCGGAAACUACAACAAUGUUCAGGCAGAUGACUUUAGAGUUACCAGUGGAUUGGUGGAGGGUACAGCUGCAGCUUUUGCCAACACAUGGAAGACUAUGGCCAGCUGCCCUGAUAUCGAGACCAGUUUUGAAAAUCCUUGCAGUUUGAGCAUUGAAAACGAGAAAUAUUCCCAGUACUGGUGUUCCAUGUUAACAGAUCCUAAAGGAGUAUUCUCCUCCUGCCAUUCUGAAAUAAACCCUCAGUCCUACAAAACCAACUGCAUGUAUGACACCUGUAACUGUGAGAAGAGUGAGGACUGCAUGUGUGCUGCCAUCUCUUCUUAUGUCCACGCUUGUUCUGCUGCUGGAAUCCUGCUCAGUGGCUGGAGGGACACUAUCUGCAAGAAAUUCGCCACUUGCCCAGGUCAAACAGUUUAUGCCUACAACAUGACUAGCUGUGGACGCACCUGCCGCUCUUUAAGCAUGACAGACCCCUACUGCCAAGUGAAUUUUGUGCCAGUGGAUGGCUGUGGCUGUCAAGAGGGCACCUACAUGGAUGAGGGUGGCAAGUGUGUUUCCCCUACCAACUGUCCCUGCUAUGACCAGAACGUAGUGAUCCCUGUUGGUGAGACUAUCAGCAGAGAUGGAGGCACAUGCACUUGCAGACAAGGAACACUGAGUUGCACGGGAGGGGCAAGAUUACUAAGUACAUAUGAAACGACCCAAGAGGAUUCAAGCGAUACAUUAUGCAGACUGCCUAUGGUUUUCUUCAACUGCUCAAGUGCAUCUACUGAAGCUCAAGGGUCGGAGUGUCAGAAGAGCUGCAAAACUCUGGGCAUGACCUGUAUUAGCACCGGGUGCACAUCAGGUUGUGUUUGUCCAACCGGACUGGUGUCAGAUGGUAACCAAGAUUGCAUCAAGGAAGAACUUUGUCCUUGCUCUCAUAACGGAGCUACUUACCAAGCUGGAGAGACCAUUAAGGUGGACUGCAAUACAUGUACAUGCAGCGACAGUCAAUGGCAAUGUACUACGCAGAUUUGUGAUGGAGUUUGUGCUAUCUAUGGAGAGGGUCACUAUAUCACUUUUGAUGAGAAAAGAUUCAACUUUAAUGGAAACUGUGAAUACACCCUCAUUCAGGACUACUGUGGCAGUACAAAUGGCAGUGGCAGCUUCCGAGUCCUCACAGAGAAUGUUCCUUGUGGAACCAAAGGCACUACCUGUUCGAAGACCAUUAAACUCUUCCUGGGGACCAGUGAGCUUAUAUUGGAGGAUGGGACUGCUCAAGUUGUCAGGAGUGCUCCAGGAGAGACGUUUCCUAAACAGAUCAGUCUUAUGGGGAAUUAUCUUGUUGUUGAAGUCAAAAGUGGUCUCAUUCUCAUGUGGGACAAGAAAACUAGUCUGUUUAUCAAACUCAGCCCACAGUACCAGGGGCAAGUAUGUGGUCUAUGUGGAAACUAUGAUGGCAACGCAAAUAAUGACCUCACCACUAGAGCUCAGGCAACUGUUGUUGAUCCAGUUGAAUUUGGAAACAGCUGGAAAGUUUCUGCAAGCUGCCCAAGUGUACUUAAUGUAGUGCACCCAUGUGUCUCCAACCCAUACAGAACGUCUUGGGCUCAGAAGCAGUGCAGCAUCAUAAAUAGUAAUGUCUUUGCAGCUUGCCAGAAACAGGUGGAUCCCUCUCCUUACUAUGAUGCUUGUGUGAGAGACUCAUGUGCUUGUGAUAGUGGUGGAGACUGUGAGUGCUUCUGUACUGCCGUGGCAGCUUAUGCCAAGGCUUGCAAUGAGGCUGGAACCUGUGUAGUCUGGAGGACCCCGCAAAUUUGCCCACUGUUCUGUGAUUACUACAACCCCCCUGGAGGAUGUGAGUGGCACUACAAGGCAUGUGGAGCCCAGUGUAUGAAGACAUGCCGGAACCCUUCUGGAAACUGUUCUAGUUUAAUUCCAGCUUUAGAAGGUUGCUAUCCCAACUGUCCUGUUGCUCAACCUUACUUCAAUGAGAAUUCUAUGAAAUGUGUGGAGAUGGAAGAAUGUGGAUGCUAUGACCAUGAAGGAAACCAUUACACCAAUGGACAGAAUGUUUCUUUGCACAAUUGUGAAACAUGCACCUGCACAGUUACUGGACUAAGCUGCAGAUAUAAUGUAAAUGAUUGCACAUGCUUGUAUAACGGUAAACAAUACCCCUAUGGAGCAACCGUCUACAAUACAACGGAUGGGAUUGGUAACUGCAUAGUUGCUGUUUGCUCCACAAAUGGAAACAUUACCAGGAACUUAUACCCAUGUCAACAAACAACAACUCCAUUCCCAGUCACGACAUCACCUUUGACAGAAACAACUCCUCAUUCAACUACAACUACACCAAAACCCACGACUGUCUUCCAAUUCUCAACACCUGAACAAACAUCUAGUUCAACACGGUUAUUCACAACAACAGAGGCAGCAAGUAAAGUUACUAUUGGCACCCCAAGUUCAACAUUAGAGCCUUCUGCUACAACAUCAAUAACAAUGCCUGAACCAACUACUGCAACUACAACAACAAAGGUGCCAUCAACAAGUUCACAAGAAGCUACAGUGACAACAGCUGAAACUUCCACAGUUAAAAAAAGUACUUCUGAGACCAUUCCAUCUACAUCCACAAAACCACCUAAAGUCACAACUAGCCCAAUAGCAACUACAUAUCAUAUCACAACAGAAACAUUUCUAACUUCCAUUGCACCAAUUACAAAAACUCUGCCUUACAUCACUAGAACAUUGCAGCCUAUAAUCUCAACAUCACAGCCCAAAACCACAGGUGAAGAAAAAACAGGGACAACUGAGAUAAUUCCAUCUACAUCCACACAACCACCAAAAGUAGUUACUUCUGGUCCCACAACGACUUCCACUACUGUAAUUAUUGAAACAUCUACUGGAAAACCAGAAUCAACAACCACAAAGGAAGAAACAACAGGACCAGUAGUUGUAACUUCGAAACCUACUACUUUAACCACUACUACAACAGGACCCACAACAACUGCCAAAGCAACUACAUCUAGCAUAGCUGGAACUACAACAGACCCACAACAACUGCCAAAGCAACUACAUCUAGCAUAG